CUUCCAUGGAUUCUCUCUCUAAAAAGUCCAAUUUUCUGCUCAGUUUCUCUCUCUAGAUUCUCAUCGUCACUCCCCCUCCUUCCCUCUUCCCUCUUCCCUCUUCCCUCUUCCCUCUUCCCUCUCUCUAAUCUUCCGUCACUUGUUUCCCGGCGAGAGUGAAGGAAGUAGAAGAGUAGAAGAAAGAACUAUCUCUGCUUCUACGAAACUCUCCCUCCCUCCCUUUCCCCCUCUCUCUCUCUACUCUUUCUCUCUCCAUUUUGGUUUUUUGAUUAAAGGCACAAACUUUGGGCUCAAUCUGCUGAAUUUCACUUCGGGGAUGGGCUACCUUUAGCUGCUGCCUCUGGGUUCUUAACGAUCUUCCUGUUCCUAUUACCAGGUAAUGCGACUCCACUCGCUCUCCUGCUCCUGUGCUCAAUUAUUGGAGAUGGAGCAACGCCGGAAGGAUUUGGUAUCUGGCUUUUCUGAAGGCCCUUUUAAGGCUCCUUCAGUUAAUAUUCCUGGGAAUGCAAGAAGUGGUGCAUGGGGAAUCCCCCCUGGUGGCGGUGGAUAUCAUGGAUCAGAUGAUACUAGCUUGUUUUCAAGUUCAUUGCCUGUCCUUCCCCAUGAAAAAUUGAACUUUACUGAAUCUGAGCAACAUGUUAGAUCUAUUGAUGAUAACUUCUCAAAUUCAAGCAAGCUCAAUCAGGAUGAUGAAGGUAGGGAUCCUCUUGAAGACAUUGAACCAACUGGAAUUGGAAGCUUGCUUCCUGAUGAAGAUGACCUUUUAGCUGGACUAAUGGAUGACUUGGACCUAACUGGAUUGCCUGUUCAACUGGAGGAGUUAGAGGAAUACGAUAUUUUUGGCAGCGGAGGAGGAAUGGAAUUAGAUGCUGAUCCCCAAGAGAGCUUGAGUAUUGGGUUGGCCAAGGUAGGCAUAUCUGAUGGUAUUGCUGCAAAUGGAAUUGGGCAUUAUGCUUUUCCGAAUGGCAUGGGAACAGUUGCUGGGGAGCAUCCAUAUGGUGAGCAUCCUUCGAGGACACUAUUUGUUCGGAACAUUAACAGCAAUGUUGAAGACUCUGAAUUGAGAUCUCUCUUCGAGCAAUAUGGGGAUAUUAGAACUUUAUAUACUGCUUGCAAGCAUAGGGGAUUUGUCAUGAUAUCUUACUAUGAUAUCCGAGAUGCUCGAACUGCCAUGCGCACUUUACAGAAUAAACCAUUGAGAAGAAGAAAACUUGACAUUCAUUUCUCGAUUCCAAAGGAUAAUCCUUCAGAGAAGGAUAUAAAUCAAGGAACUCUGGUGGUCUUUAACUUGGAUGCGUCAGUUUCAAAUGAUGACCUUCGUCAAAUAUUUGGGUCAUAUGGAGAGGUCAAAGAGAUUAGGGAGACACCACACAAGAAGCACCAUAAAUUCAUAGAAUUUUUUGAUGUUAGAGCUGCGGAGGCAGCUCUCAGAGCAUUAAAUAGAAGUGAUAUAGCUGGGAAACGCAUCAAAGUUGAACCUAGCCGUCCUGGCGGUGCACGUCGAAACUUGAUGCAGCAACUAAAUCAAGAGCUGGAGCAAGAUGAAGCUAGAAGUUUUCGGCACCAUGUGGGCUCACCAAUAACUAGUUCUCCUCCAGGUGCCUGGACCCAGUUUGGCAGCCCUGUUGAACAGAGUCCCCUUCUCGCUUUUAGCAAAUCCCCUGGUCUGGGCCCCCUCAGUCCAGUAGGGAGUAACCCAAUGCCAGGUUUAGCGUCAAUCCUCCCACCUCACAUUUCUGGUUCCCCGAAGAUUGCGCCCAUUGGUAAGGACCAAGGAAGGCUCAACCAUGUGAAUCAGAUAUUUGACAAAACACUUCCAGCUAUGGGAUCUGCAUACUCGAAUUCUCAGUCUCUUUCAGAGCAAAGUUUAAGUGCAAGCCCUGGACCUAUAUCCCCAUUGGGUGAAUCAAAUCCGAAGUCUACUGGUAUUGCAACAUUAACAGGGCCUCAGUUUCUUUGGGGCAGUCCCCCUGCAUACUCUGAGCAUGCUAGCUCUGCUGCUUGGCCAGUUUCAUCAGCAAGGCAUCUACCAGGAUCCAGCGGACAGAGUCGGGGACAGGGCUUUCCUUUUGCUAACAGGCAUACCUCACUCCUCAGCUCCCAUCAACCCCAUCAAGUGGGCUCUGCACCUUCUGGAGUCCCAUUUGAUAGGCGUUUCGGAUUCUUCCCAGAGUCGCCUGAGUCUUCAUUCAUGAAUUCAAUGGCAAUAGGAGGACUGGGUUUAAAUCGGAAUAAGGGAAAUUACGUGAUGAAUAUGGGCAUUCCAGGAAGCAUAACUGACAAUGGUUCUCCCAAUUUCAGAAUGAUGCCAAUGCCUAGACACAGUCCAAUGAUACUUGGGAAUGGUUCCUUUCCUGGACCAGGAGCCAUAGGCAUCGAGGGAUUGGGUGAACGUGGUCGAAAUCGGCGGGUUGACACUGGUGGGGCUCAGUUAGACAGUAAGAAGCAGUAUCAACUGGACUUGGAUAAAAUUAUGAAUGGAGAAGACACUAGAACUACUCUCAUGAUUAAGAACAUCCCCAAUAAGUACACAUCGAAGAUGCUACUUGCUGCAAUUGACGAAAAUCACCGGGGCACUUAUGAUUUUCUCUACUUGCCUAUUGAUUUUAAGAACAAAUGCAAUGUGGGGUAUGCCUUCAUCAAUAUGGUUUCUCCCUCUCACAUUGUUUCUUUCUAUAAGACAUUUAACGGGAAAAAGUGGGAAAAGUUCAAUAGCGAGAAGGUAGCCUCAUUGGCAUAUGCAAGAAUCCAGGGCAAGGCUGCUCUUGUGACACAUUUUCAAAAUUCAAGCUUGAUGAAUGAGGAUAAGCGGUGCCGCCCGAUUCUCUUCCACUCAGAGGGUCAGGAUGCCGGUGACAAGGAUUAUCUGCUCUCGGGUAAUUUGAAUAUCUGUAUUCGUCAAGCUGAUGGGUCAUACAUCGGGGAUUCUCUGGAUAGCCCAAGGGACGGCUUGAGCGAGAAGCCAGAGGAUUAUUAAUAUUGCUCCUGAGAGCACUACUGGUGGCUAGGAGCUGUUUAACAGUUGUAUAGGGUGCGUAGUGUACAUAGCUGAGAGAGAAGCCGAGUGGGAAGGCAUAUAAUUUAAGUCACUUGGUGAUGGGCAGUAUCCACUUUUAUGUGAUGGAUGCUUCAUAUUUAUUUAAUGACGAAAAUCUGUAGGGAGAGAGAGAGAGAGAGAGAGAGAGAGGAGAAAACAAUCAAGGGCAGGGAGCAUUUUGUUUAUAAGUAGGGCGACGUAAUCAUUAUUUUAACUGGCUGAUCGGAAUAAAGCUGAAGCAUAUUGCUGGAACUGUGAAGUCUCUCUGCAGCCAUAUGCAAGCAGUCAUCGGCUUGUGAACGGUCUCGGAUGCGUCUAUUCUCUUUAGUUGCCCAUUUUCACUUAAGUGUCCUUCCUGUCCUUUCUCUAAUUUGGGCGUGUAUGUUAAUAUGGGUAAAUAUCGUGUCAUGGGUCAAGGGACUGUUCUCGAACUGUAUAGAAGCCGAGACAGACCCGAGGAACUAAACUAAGACUGCUUUUUAUGUCUCUCUUACGUUCUGUGUAUGGAAACUGUCUACUUGGUCCCUUUGAGGAUUGUACAGAUGUAAUAUUUUGUUCCCUUGAACUUUAUGAAACAGGUCGGAAGCUCUCGACAGUAAGAAUUUGAUUUUGUGUUU